AUGGCAGUAUCAAGCAUUUUAGAAAUAUUUAUAUUAGCUUUAGGUCUUACUCAGAUUAUUGCAAAAAGUGAAUAUAACAACACAUGUGUAUAUAGGCUAGCACAUGAAAAAGAUUCACUUGAUCCAUCAUUUGAUCUGUUGGUACUUUCGUAUACAAUAUCGGGCAACCAAAGCGGAUGUAUAAUGGACGUGAAUGAGAUUUUCAAAAAUUUAACAAAACAUGUAACAGUGAACAAAACUAAUCUAUAUUUGUAUAUAAGUGUUUUAUGUAAAGAUUAUGAUGACAUUCACUUUCUGUCUUCAGGAUCAAAUGUGAAAUUUGAUGAACUAUAUAUUUCUAUUGAUUUAUCAAUAACUAUGUGUACUCUAUACAUGGAUGAAUUGGUAAAUUUUGAACAAUAUGGAUACAUUUAUUCUAUGACUACCGCAAGUGUACCAUACAUACACACAGGUGCAUCUUUCUCUGGUUUUAACAAUCUUACUAGGUUAUCGUCUAGUCUAGUUUGUAAAGAAAACUGUAAAAACGAAACAAGACUGAGAAAAUCUUUCUUCUGGGAGUUAUGUGACCCAUUUGAGCAGCUGACUGAAUUGAAUCUACAGGGAUGUAGGGAGGACAUGUAUUAUAUGAACACCUCCUUCAUACAAAAUAAAUUCCCAAAACUUCAACAACUCAGUUUGAGAUACACGAAUUUGACAUCAAGUGAAAUGACUUUUCCAUGGACUAAUGAAUUUUUCAAUACACCAGAUCUUGAACUUUCCUUCAAUAAAAAAAUUGAUAAAUACGGCAAUGAUUCUAUACAAAGGAGUAUCGCUAUAUAUGACAGCAUUCUGAACUUCAAUAAUGAUGUUACCCUGGUCGGAUAUAUAUCUAGAAUACGUAUAAUCAAUAGUAAAAUGCAAAAAGUAGCAGAUACUAUAUUCAUGAAGGUACAUGGUUUAAUAUUUCUCGAUCUAUCAAAUAAUGAAAUUAAAGAAGUGCAAAAAAAUGCUUUUACAAUGCAGACCAAGCUGGAGACACUUAUCUUAGCUAAUAACAAUUUGACAACACUACCAUUAGAUGUGUUUGACAAUCUGUCUAAUUUGUUGAAUUUAGACUUAUCUUCAAACAGAAUAACAGAAGUUGAACAACGAUAUUUCAAACAUUUGACUAAACUAGAGAAUCUUAAUUUGGAACACAAUGCCAUAAUAACAUUACCGUAUGACUUUCUUGAGUCGCAGAUUAACUCAAUUCGUGACGUCACUCUUGCCGAAAACCCAUUGGAAAAUUUACCGUUGAAUGUUUUCUAUGCUCCAAAUAUACAGUCUGUUGAUAUGCGCCAUUGCCGUAUCAAUGCAAGUGGGCUUCAGCCACUGCUGUACAAUGCAAGCUUUCCAAAAAUGGUGAACACUGCACAAAAGAUCCCUUCAAUAUUUGAUCUGUCUCAAAAUGAUAUUACAAAAAUACCGAUAAGUUUAAAGAAUUUAUCAGAAGAUCAUCUAAUGACUAAUCUCUUGUCUAUUAUCAUGAAAUUUUACCUUAAUCUACAGGGCAAUCCAAUAGACUGUAGGUGUUCGAAGGUUUUUAUCACAAUGUUAGAAGUUUUGCAUACAAUGUCAGAAGCGUUGCGUAUACAUGAAAUUGACUGGAAAUGUCAAGAACCAUUGGAGCUCAAAGGACGAUUAAUGGCCACGAUAAAACCUGAAGAAAUCUAUUGUCCAAUUUACAGUCAAUCUUGUCCUGAUAGAUGUGCUUGUUUUGAACGGAAUUUUACCAACACGCUAAUUAUUGACUGUAGGAAUAUCAACAACCCAGUCAAGCAUCAUGGGAUUUUGAAUUGGAUCACCUACAAGUCCAUUUUGAAAAUGGCAGUAACCAGCAUUUUAAAGAUAUUGGUCGUAGUUUUCAGUCUUACUCGGACUAUUGCAAAGUGUGAAUAUAACAACACCUGUGCAUAUAAGUUGAUAACGGAAGAUCAAAAGCGUUCACCUGAUUCAUAUUUAGAGGUAUUUACGUACAUAAUAUGGAAUAACCAAAGCGGAUGUAUUAUGAACGUGGAUGAGAUUUACAAAAAUUUUACAAAACAUGUAACAGUGAACAUUACUAAACUCUUUCAAGGUGUCAUUUUUCAAUGCAUAGAUAAUAUUGAUAUCCACUUUCUAUCUUUAGAGGCCAAUGGGAAAAUUGAUAAACUUGAUGUCUUAUUCGAUUUAGGUGUAACAACGUGUUCUGUGUAUAUGGACGAAUUGGCGAAUUUUCAACAAUAUGGAUACAUUUUUUCUAUUACCACAAAGGAAACGUACAUUCAUCCAGGUGCAUCUUGCUCAAGUUUGAAAAAUCUUAGAGAGUUAUCGUCAACUCUAGUUUGUUCAGAAAACUAUAAUAACGAAACAAAUCUAAGAAAAUCUUUCUUCUGGGAGGAAUGUGAAACAUUUGAUCAGCUUAUAAAAUUGGAUCUUCAGGGGUGUAGGCAGGACAUGUAUAAUAUAAACGCCUCCUUCGUACAAAGUAAAUUUCCAAAACUUCAACAGCUCAUGUUGAAAUACACGAAUUUGACAUUAAAUGAAAUGACUUUUCCAUGGACAAAUGAGUUUUACAACUUCUCUGAUCUUGAUAGUAUCAAACCCAUUACCUUUUAUACAAAAGGUGAUAAAUACAGCUGUUAUUCUAUGAAAAGAAUUAUUGCUAUAUUUGACAACAUUGUAAAAUUAGGUAAUGAUGUGUCCUUGGUCGGAACUAUAUCUGAAAUUAUCAUAAACGAAAACAAAAUACCAAAACUAACAGAUAUUUUAUUCAUGAAAGUCCGCGAUUUGAUAGUUCUAGAUCUAUCAAAUAAUGAAAUCAAAGAAGUGGACAAACAUGCUUUUAUUAUGCAAACCAAGCUGGUGACACUUAUCUUAGCUAAUAACAAUUUGACAACACUACCAUUAGAUGUGUUUGACAAUCUGUCUAAUUUAUUGAAUUUAGACUUAUCUUCAAACAGAAUAACAAAAGUUGAACAACGAUAUUUUAAACAUUUGACUAAACUAGAGAAUCUUAAUUUGGAACACAAUGCCAUAAUAACAUUACCGUUUGACUUUCUUAAGGCGCAGAUUAACUCAGUUAAAGGCGUUUUUCUAUCCGAAAACCCAUUAGAGACCUUUCCUUUGAAUGUUUUAUAUGCUCCAAAGAUACAGUUUGUCGGUUUACGCCAUUGUCAUAUCAAUUCUAGCGGUUUCCAGUCUCUGCUGAAAAAUUCACAUUUAUACGUGAUUUCUCAGUCACGUCCCUUAGAUCCUUUAAGAAUAAAAGAAAAGUUCUCUUUACUAACACCAAAAUUGGAUUUGACUAAAAAUAAUAUUACAAAAAUUAGUUUUAAAAAUGGACUGGGUUCAGAUGUUAUCAGAUUAUUGGCUUUUAGUAAGAGAUUGUACCUAAAUCUAACAGACAAUCCAAUAGAUUGUACUUGUUCAUGGAGUGUUCUAUAUAUGCAUGGAAUUAAUAUCGACUGGAAAUGUCAAAAUCCGUUGGAGUUAAAAGGACGAUUAAUGUCCACGAUAAAACCUGAAGAAAUAUAUUGUCCAAUUUACAGUCAUUUAUGUCCUGAUAAAUGUGCUUGUUUUGAACGUAAUUAUACCAACACGCUAAUUAUUGACUGUAGGAAUAUCAAUAUGACUUCCUUACCUUCGGUGGUGCCAGCUGGAAGAUUAGAAUUGUGGUUCAGUAAUACAAGUUUACUUGAAAUAUCACCUAUGGUCUAUAUGAAAAAUGUUACUUUUCUAGACGUUUCUCAUAAUAGAAUAAACCAGAUCACAACCGUUACUGCAAAAGCUCUGGGCAGCGUAUCAACUUUAAAGUUAGAUUACAAUAACUUGACACAUUUCCCUGAAGAGUUUGCGACAAUGAAUAUGUCCAAAGUAACGCUCUUAGGCAACCCAUUCGUUUGUGAUUGCAAGAUGAAAUGGAUGAAAUCAUGGCUUAAUCAAACAAAUCCAGUCGAACAAUGGAAUAAGAUUGAAUGUAAAUAUAACACAAGCAGUUUUCGACAACUGAUUUCAUUACCUGAUUCAAUGUUCGUUUGCCCAACAAACUUACUCCUCCACGAACAUGUCGUUUUUCCGUCAGUAAUAACUGGAAGUGUUUUGUUUGUUUUAGUAUGCAUUUUAAUACUUAUUACCUUUCAACGCUUUACAAUAAAGGUUCUACUAUUUCUGUACUGUGGAUUUCAUCCAUUUGAUAAACAAAUUCAAAAUCACUCAAAUGCAACGCAUGAUGCUUUUAUUUUAUACUCUUACAUGAACAGGGAAUUCAUACAAAACAACUUGGUAGACAAAUUGAAGAGCAAAGGCUACAAAGUUGCUGAUUUUUAUAAAGAUAUGAUCGUUGGUUUUUCGUUUCUUCAAAACGUCGAAAUUUUCAUUGAAAGAUCUAAAAGAAUAAUAUUUUGCUGGACAAAGGAUAUGUUUGAAAAUGAUUUAAUCAUAUCUGCUUGGAAUAUGGAUUACGAGAAAGCAGUGAUAAAUGAGCUGGACCUUCUGAUAUUAGUAGUUGAUAGUGAUUUAGAUAAACGUGCAUGUACCAAUGACAACUUGCAAAGGUAUCUUAAAAGUGGUAGAUAUAUCAAAUAA